UAGCAUCAGUAUCUUUCCUCAAAGCUCAGUAGCAGAGAGAUCUCUUCAAGCCGGGAUAAUGGAAGCCUCCAGGGUGAACAUUCCUUCCUACCUUGCCCUGUCCAUCUUCAACAUGUUGUGUUGCUGUUUGCCACUUGGAAUUGCGGCUCUGGUCUUCUCUGUCCAGGUGAAGAACGCCACUCACAUAGGAGAUGUCAAUCAGGCGUCCAAAUCUUCCCGCACGGCCCGUCUACUGAAUAUUAUUGGGAUUGUUGUUGGAGCAAUUACGUUGAUCAUUUUGAUAGUGAUUUUUGCUGUCGUCCUGAAAAAGAAAUAACGAGAGAUGUCCCAUGCUCCUUCCCAGAGCAUGCCACUGUGAUGGCCCUUGGGAACAGGUCCAGUGUAUUCCUACAAGAGCAUCCUGAUCCAUCCUGUCAUGAUUCACCAGCAAGGUUCUCAUGCUGAAGCUAGAAUGUUGGAAGGCUGCACUUUUCCAAAGGAAAGGCUCCUUUAUAUUAUUUCUGAUUAAUCACUCUGCUUUUUUUUUAAGUCACUCAUUUUGUACUUUAAGAACCUACUAACAUGUAAGCCAAUAAAACAAUACAUAUAUGAAUGUCA